CGUCACGCUGCCCACAUGGAUUUAUACAUAAGAGUGCUUACUUUGCUGCUGCUGCUCAGCGGCCUCUUUCUAGCAACAAAAGGCGCCUGCAAUGUGUGCCAGCCGCACAAUGACGCCGCCUGCCUCAACCAGACCGCGUAUCAACUUUGCUUUGGCAGCGGUCAGCCCAGCGCAGCGCAGACUUUUGUCUGCCCCGAUGGGCUGGUCUGCUCAGAUAAGCCGACGGUUUGUUUUCAGCGCAGCGAAAUUCCCGCCAGUUGCGGGGAUACCGAUAGCUGCGGAAUUUGCAAUCUGAACAAUGUGUUCGCCUGUACUUCGCGCACCACAUUUGCGUUUUGUUUUGGCGCCACCACGCCCACCACUGUGAAUGGCACUUGUCCGGUGGAUAAAUUCUGCGAUGCGUCCAGUGUGAAUAUUUGCGUGUCCAAAGCAACUGACGAUUCAAUUAUUUGCCACGUGGAGUGAUGAGCCCAAGCGACUUUUAUGCUACAAUAAUAUAAUGAAGUCUUAUAAAGUUAUCAUUUAAUAAGCUUAAGUAUUUAAGUUAAUUACUUGAAGCAGCAAAAGUUAAGCAAUCAGCACACAAAGCACAACCAAGUAAAGCACGUGGACGUAUGCGCAAUUCCUGGAAUCAUUAUGCAUACGCCAUGUAUACUUCGCCUUAUAAUAAACGCCUAAUUGCCAGCGCAAAAAUCGAA